AUAAUUUUUGACUUUAAUACAGCAGCUGCAUCGACCAUCUUUCCCGCCUGCUCCGACGACAGCCCCUCGCUGGGACGGUUCACCAAGGGACCACCAACAGCCAAGCGACCCGAGAAUUUGACACCCGGUUCCGCCACCAGGCGGCCCACCUCGCGCCGAACCCGCCCCAUGCGGAACAGGCGCGCGCAUCUCACGUCGACAGCCGGCUUGCGCGACUCCAUGGAGCAUCCUCUUUGGUAGCAACUGGAACAUCGAGUCGCACGCCAACCCGGUCCACCUCCUGUGCCCACUGCGAGAUGGCGCCGACCAGCGCGGCAAUUGCGGGCUUGCUGAAGCAGACCGUCUACUACCACCUCGACAACCUCGCUCACCGUAAUGCUCUCUUCUUUGCCGAAAGGCUACAUGCUCACGACCAGCGCUCGCCCGAGUCCGCAUACCUCCUCGCCCUCUCCCACCUCCGCCUCGGCGAUUCCCGAUCCGCAUACGAAGUCAGUAAACCGUCAGGAUGUCGAGGGGUCCAUCUAGGGUGCAGUUUCGUCUUUGCACAGUCCUGUCUGGACCUGGAACGGUACAAGGAUGGGAUCACGGCGCUGGAGAAGGCUCGGCCGUCCUGGGCAGCCAAGUGUAGCAUAGGGAGGCACACGACCUCAACCCGGGCGCCAUACCCCGACGCCGCCGCAGUAAGCUGCCUCCUCGGCAAGCUGUACCGGGGAUAUGAUGACAAAAAGCGGGCGGUUUCCUGUUUUGAAGAUGCGCUAAGGGCUAAUCCCUUCAUGUGGGAUGCCUUUACCAUCCUCUGCGAUAUGGGCGUCAAUGUCAUGGUGCCAAAUAUUUUCAAGCUUAACGACGGUUUCGCUCGCAGCUUCGACCAGGAUCCAAGUGCGGCUAACACCGACUCCAGCGGAGGGCCUCCGGAUUCUCUGCAAAGGAAAACAGGCAUUCAAGGUGUCAGCCACGAUAGCGACCCCUUCGAGGGUCACCGCUCUACCGCUUUUCAGGACGUUUCGAGCAACAAUAUGCUCUUUGUCGACCCUGGCGAGAAUGACUUGACGUCAAGGCUGACAGCAACCCAGUCGAGAUACGCAGUAAACAAACACGGGUCUGAGGGAAUGGAAACGCCGACCGGCUCCGCCGCCGCUCCUGAGACACAGGCACCUCGCACCGGCUUCCCCCCAGAACCCCCAUUAGCCCCGACCCGCCGAACGCGGGUAACACACGCCACAGAGCCCGCUUUUCUUGACGCUCCACCAAAGAUGAGCUACCGCUUGGGCUCUCGGAAGAGGGAGAAAACCCAAGACCAGAUGACGGAACCCCCAGAGCCGCCCAUGAGAGGGCCCGCUCUUUCCCAGUCAAUCACGGAGAGGAAACGCACGGCAUCAGGACACCCCGUCCAGCCGCGCCCGACGAACGGCGAGGAGCCAAGGAGGAGCGCGAGGUUAAACGUAGCCCCAAGAACAACGUCGAGGACAAAUAUGAAUAUCUCCACGACUGGCGCCACCGUCACCCGGGAGUUGAAAAAGGCUAGGCCCCCAAUCUCGAGGAUCGGGCGCCCAGGCUCGAGUGGGACCAGCGUUGGCAGGGUUGUUAGCGGGAACCGGAAACCGCUGGAGGAGAAUACUAUGGAUAUCGACGAACCACCGCGGGCGAAGGAGUUGCCUGUUGCACAAAUACCGCCACCGAAACCAGCCGAGCCCGAGCCGGUGAAGGCAGACGAAGGGUUGAGAUGGAUCCUGGACUUCUUGAAAAAGAUCGCGUCUGGGUAUCGCCUCUCAUCGCAGUUCCGGUGUCAAGAAGCACUGGCUGCGUUCUCAUCACUGCCCCGAAGCCAUCAGGACACGCCAUGGGUGUUAGCACGGGUGGCAAAAGCCCACUAUGAGUUGGCUAAUUAUGCAGACGCGGAGAGGUUCUUCCGGCGCCUGCGCACGCUCGCCCCGACGCGGCACGAGGACAUGGAGUUCUACUCGACCGUUCUUUGGCAGCUUAGGAAGGGGACCGAGCUUUCGUUCCUCGCUCAUGAGCUGACCGACAUGGAUUGGGAGUCGCCCCAAGCGUGGUGCGUGAUGGGGAAUGCCUUUUCUCUAGAUUGUGACCACGAACAGGCGCUGCAGUGCUUCAAACGAGCCAUCCAUCUUCAGCCGAACUUCUCAUACGCCUACACCUUGCAGGGCCACGAACACGUGGAAAAUGAAGAAUACGACAAGGCCUUGGUUUCCUAUCGACGCGCAGUUGCUGCGGACAAACGCCACUACAAUGCCUACUACGGCAUCGGGAAGGUCUAUGAAAAGCUGGGCAAUUACGACAAGGCCCUCAGCCAUUACCACGCCGCGCUAGUGAUCCACCCGGCCCACGCCGUCUUGAUUUGCUGCUUGGGUACGGUGUUGCAGAGACAGAAGCAGAUCGUACAAGCUCUUCCCUAUUUUAUCAAGGCAGUCGAGCUGGCACCUCGGGCGCCCGAGAUGCGGAGCAAGAAGGCCGGGGCACUGCUAGCCACCGGGCAGCUGGAGGAAGCAAAAAGGGAGCUGAUGAUUCUGAGGGACGUCGCCCCGAAUAACGCCCAGGUUCACUUCCUGCUGGCCAAACUCGCCAAGACAGUCGGGGACAAGAGGACAGCCGUGCGCCACUUCACCAUAGCUUUGAGCUUGGAUCCAAAGGCGAGCGGGGAAAUCAAAAAUGAGAUCGGGGGACUCGAGGACGAUGACUGUUUGGACGAUUCCAUGAUGCAUUAGUGCUCAUGAUCGAAUGUUCCAACACGAAAUUAAUCCUACGGUUUCCUACGACGAUAAACGAACUUGCCAUGAUUUGGGCGGGCAUUCCGCUUGUGCUGGGAGGCGUCGUGCAUUACACUCGGCGCGCUUGGGGGGAGGUUCCAAGUGCUCCUUUGGGACGGUCGUUCUAUUCUUUCAUACCAAGGGCAGCAUUCUAUACAUGCAUGGCAGAGGCGUUCCUGGAGAGCAUCGAGCAUGCUUUGCUUCGUGUUGUGCCCACCGUGGUGGACUGGGCUGGAGUUUUGUAUGAGUACCUGAGCAUCGCAACGGCCGACAUGUAUAAUACGGAGUUGGCGGGCGUCAUCACAACAGGG